AUCAGCGGUGAUAGCCUGGAGUCCCUUUCCAGCCUGGGGGACGCCAGCCAGCACAGCGAUCUCGAGUUCAUCGGGCAGUGAGUCCCGGCUUCCCGCACAACGCCCUCCUGCUGGCUCUCUGCCCGCUGCCGAGAGAGCUGCCGGCUUCUGCCCUUCGUUCCGGGUGAUCCUUGCUGCAUCCAGUGCAAUAACCUCAGUCCUUACUGUGGCUGCCAUUCCCAAAUUAAGUGCUUCAGAGCGGCGGUGCUCAUUGCUACCUGCAGUGUUAACGCUGAUUUUCUGUCUCCAGUUCAGGAUGGAAGUGCGUGCUCCUCGGAGGAAUCCCAGCUACCUCUCAGACCUCUAUGAGAACAUGUUGAAGGCCGAAGGAGCAGUGCGACGAGGACAGCAGCAGCCCCCAGCAGUCCAUACAAGUAGCAACAAGACUUUCCAGAGCAGUGCCCCAGCCAAGGAGAGCCCCCAGCCAAAUAACCAUGCGAGCAGCUGUGACCCAGCCCUGCGGCCCAUCAUCCGCCGCCGGGCGAGGUCCCUGCCCACAUCACCCGAGAGGAGGAUGAGAGCAGCAGUGCAGUGUCAGGAGCCCGGCUGCCAGAGCCGCAUGAACCGGGUCAGGUUUGCUGAUGCUUUAGGCUUGGAGCUGACUCAAGUGAAAGUUUUCCAGACUGGGGAGGACCCAUCCAUCCCUUUGCAUGUCCUUUCCAGGCUCUCCAUAAACUCAGACCUCUGGUACAGCAACUUGAACUUGGAGUUUACUAUGCAGUGCUUGGUCCCUGACUUCCAGCAGCCUGCAGACUGUCUGGAUUUCUCAUCCCGACUCCAGGAGCAGCAGGUGUGUCUGGAACGGGUGACCAGCUCAGAUCUGGGGCUCAGUGGCACCAUCCAGGUUCGGAACAUUGCUUUUGAGAAGCAGGUGUCCGUGCGUUACACCUUCAACCAGUGGGAAAGCAUCCAUGAGGUGUGUGCUCGUUGGCACUGCAGCAUCCCAGCCAAAAACGAGCAGGAGCAGGUUGAUGUGUUCACUUUCUUUCUUCCUGUGCCUCCUUUCCUCCUUCAGCUGAGCACUCUUGUCCAGUUUGCAGCAAGGUACCAAGUCAACGGCCAGGAGUACUGGGAUAACAACAGAGGCAAGAACUACACCCUGCGCUGCCGGACUCACCCCCUGAAGCUGCCGAGGGAAUGUGAGGAGAGCUGGAUCCAUUUCAUCUGAACAAAGCAGUGGUGCUGAGCAGCGUGUCAGAGGUGGCCCUCUGUCCCUUGGCAUGGCCCUCUACUCCUAUGGCAACAGGCUUCUUUUUGAAACCUGCCAAACCUGGCCGAGUGUCCCAGGGCUGGGACAAACCUGUAUCAACUGCUCUAAACCCUGGGAAAGUUAAAAUGGCCAAAAUGUGUAGUGAGAUACAAUCCUAGAAAGGCCAUGUGGGUUUUUUGAGUACAUGAGUCAUUGCAGAAUGGUUCCCAGGAAUGCUGUGAGGCUAGCAGAGAGCAGAACAACACAUUUCUUGUUGCUAGUGAUACUCUUGGCUGCAUAGAAUCUUUCUAACUGAUCUCUCUUACCUUUUUCUACUGUUUGUUUUCUAAGUACACAGUGUGGCUUUACUGAUCUUGUUUCUAAUUUUGUUUAUAUUACUUCACCAAGUCAGGGUGCUAUUCCAUUUAUGCAUAAUUUGGAUGACAGACACUCUAGGGAGUACUUGUAUUUAUAUACAUAUGUUAUUAAGGGUGUAACCACAUUAAAUAUUUCCUUUAAUAUCUGAGUUGGAAAUUAAAUGCUGCUAGGAGCAAAACUUACAUGAAAAUGUGCCAUCUGCCCCUCUGUUUCCUUUGGGAAAUAAACAAAAGGUGCCUUUUAUCUCAUCCUUGCAGCAGGAGUGAGUGUUACCAAAGUGUGUGUAAGGCAGAAAUUCUCACCUUUGUCAAGUGAUGCCCAAAUAGGUUUUUCUCAAAGGUGAUGGUCCAGAAAUUGUCUUUUUCUGGUGCACCUGCUUUUACUAAGGGAAACAAGACCAAUUUUGGACUUGGGUUGCAAAUGAAGGUCUCAAAGCACUGUAUGAAUGCUCAUGAUUUCAUCACUGUUACUAGUAAAAUUAGAUCAAGAAAUGGAUAUGAUAUAAAGAUAAGGAAAAGAAAUAGUACAGGAAGUGGGGUACAGAGGCUUGGAAUAGCAUUCCAGAGCCCUGAAUCAUUGCUGCUCCCCAGUGUUCCAGAGCUGCUGCGGAAGUGGCUUUGCCUUCUUUAUUUAGCUGCUUGCCAUUGUAAAACAGUUGAACUCCCAAGACUGCAGCCUUUGCAACACAAGCAGGAACUUGAAAGCACUUAAUUUGGUAAACUGCUGCUUACACAGACCCAUAAAUGCAAUCCCUUCUGCUGCAGGGAGAGCACAGGAACACUGUUAGACCAUCUCCCUGUGCUUCUUGCUCUAUUAUUUUCAUUCUGUGGUUUUAGUGUGGUUUAAGAUUUGCAACAGGCUUAAAUUUAUUAAGUAAAAGCUUGCCCAUAAUUGUUCCCAUACAUAAUCAUUACUGCAUGGAAAGUUUAGCUUUAUAUGUGUAGCAUAGACUUUCAGAGCUGGCUGGCUGGAGAUAUUAAAGAGCUGUGUUUUAGGACUAUGCUGUGAAAAUCAGGCCACUUACUUGGGCAUCUUAUUUUGGAUUGGUGCUUAUUUAUCGAAAUCAAAAGUUGUUGGUAAAAAUUACAGUUGUAAGCAACCCCUGGCCAAUUAUAUAUAUUAGUCUGACAAGUCUAGUGAGUAUUUCUGGAAGUGCAGAAACCCCAAGAAAAUUUAUUUGGCAACUUAAUGCUGCUUCUUUGUCGUGAUACCCAUUUAGGAAAGCUGGGCUUUCAAGUGAGGAAACUGCCUCAUUCCAUUGGUCUUUGGCUUUCAGAGAACCAAAGUCAGGAAUGAGGACAGACUGUCAUGUGCUAGCAAAUGUCAGACCUCAGUGUUCCCUUGACCAGGUCAAAUUUUGUAAAGCUGAUGCUGUCAGGAGAAAGGUUCAUGCCAGAUAUAGCACAGUGUGAGAGGGGUGGAGAAAUGAAUGUCUCAGCAGUCUGAGUUGAUCUUCUAUUGUCUUCCUUCCACAGCCUCUCAGGGUAUUGGCAUGUGCAAGGUCUUGAAUACUAAACACUGAAGCAUGAUUCCAAGUUUCCUUUUGCUCUCUGUGCUGGUCUGCACUGCUGAAUAAGCUCAGUUCAGUUCCUGCCAGGGCAGUUCUCUGGCACUGCUGGCUCAGUGGAGCAGUGGAGCUCAGAGCCACGUCCGGGUUAAGCUGCUAAACCUUCACACCAGUACUGGCACCUGUCACAGCAGAGCUGAUAAUUGCACUUAGGUUUUCUUGCCACACUCAGUAAUGAACAUCAAAUGGCUUCUGGUUGACAAAAAUGGGAUUAAGCCAUUUAGUGCUAAGAUGCACGUGUUGUGAAGGUAAAUUUACACCACAUUUAUUUCUUCUCAGGACAACUUGACUGCUUGCACUGUGUUCAAAUUAAGCACUUCCCUUAUAAAGAGGAUUUUGUAAAAGGGAAUUCUUCACAAGGAUUAUCACCAUAUAAUGCACUUUUAAAAACAUGUAUUUAUUAUUGUAAUACAGUAAAUGAAUGUCUAGUAGUCCACAGUUUCAAGGUUCUUUCAAGCAUGUUUUUUUAAUGAAACAUGAAAUCCAUGUAAAUAAAAAGGGGUUGUACAUUACACAGUAUAUCAAUGAAGCACAUAUGCAAAAGGUUCAGCAGUUGUAAAAUUGCAAAGUGCUUAAUUAAUUUUAAAAAGCAAUAAUAAAACUAUGGCUAUUGUAAUACAGAAGAUUGAAAUAAAAGCUUUUUACAAU